AAAAAUCGCAUAUUGUUUCUCUUAAUAACUCGCAGCGUCGCGAAAACAAGGAAGCUCGACGACCAAAAACAUCCGACGCGGAGACUUUAGAAAGAAAAAAAAAAGCUAAUUAAUCCUCUGCAAUCCAGAGUUCUCGAUCAACGAUCUCUUACUCCUACCUCUUUCGUGAUCCUCAUCAAGCAAAAAAAAAAAAAAUCCUUUUUUUGUUGUAAAUUUGGGUUUAUGCAUUUGCACAAAAAAAAAAAAAGAUUUUGACUUUUUUUGAAAUAAGAGGGCGUAGUAAUGAAGCACAUUCUGGGUUGAUUCCUUUUGAAGUAGAAGAACAUUGAUUUUGUCAAAGUUACCUUACCUUCUUGUUUCUCUUUUAUUAAAAAUAAAAAGAAGAAGAGAUUCCUUUCUUUUUUUUUGUUUCCCUUUACUCAUUUCUCUAUCCCGUUCUGUAAAGAUUCUUAGAUUCUCCUCCAAAGUUUUGAAGCUAAAGGGGCGUCCUUUUUAAGAUUCUCCCUGUUGGCUUCAGUUUCUUCAUUCGAUCGUUUCGUGUAUUCAUUAAAAGCGGAGGUUUUUAGAUUUUUUUUUUUCGGGAGGUUGCGUAGAAGCAAACUGAGAUCUUCUCUCUGAUCCAGGGGGGUUUCGCCUUAAUUUUUCUCAAAGGUGAAAAGAAGUUUUAUUGACUAUAUGAGCAGAUAGUUAGUUAGUUAUUAGGGAAGAGGUUACUACUAUGGGAUGGUUUAACAAGAUCUUCAAAGGCUCUACCCAGAGGUUCCGGGUUGGGAAUAAUGACCACGAUCACAAUGGCGGCGGCUAUUAUCAGAGUUAUCCACAUGAUGAUGAUGAGCCUAGUGCUGCUGAUACAGACCCUGAUCCUGAUCCUGAUGAUACUCCUCAUCAUACUCAGGAACCAUCUACCUCUGAGGAGGAUACAUCUAACGACCAGGAGAAUGAAGAAAUAGACCGUGCAAUCGCAUUGUCUCUACUAGAAGAGAGUCAAGGACAGACUAAUAAUAAUACAGGGAAAUACGCAAUGGUGGAUGAAGAUGAGCAACUCGCUAGAGCCAUACAAGAGAGUAUGGUUGUUGGGAAUAGUACACCGCGUCAGAAACAUGGAAGCAGUUAUGAUGUUGGGAGUGCGUAUGGUGGGGCUGGUGGAGACGUAUACGGGAACGGACAUAUGAAUGGAGGUGGAGGUGGAGGUGGAGGAAAUGUAUUUGCCAAUGGAGAUAUUUAUUAUCCAAGACCUACUGCUUUUCCUAUGGAUUUCAGGAUUUGUGCUGGGUGCAAUAUGGAGAUUGGACAUGGAAGAUAUCUGAAUUGCUUGAAUGCACUAUGGCAUCCAGAAUGUUUUCGAUGUUAUGGCUGUAGGCACCCCAUUUCUGAGUACGAGUUCUCAACAUCUGGUAACUACCCUUUUCACAAAGCUUGUUAUAGAGAGAGAUAUCAUCCAAAGUGUGAUGUCUGCAGCCUCUUUAUUCCAACAAACCAUGCUGGUCUUAUUGAAUAUAGGGCGCAUCCUUUUUGGGUCCAGAAGUAUUGCCCUUCUCAUGAACACGAUGCUACCCCAAGAUGUUGCAGUUGCGAAAGAAUGGAGCCACGGAAUACAGGAUAUGUUGAACUUAACGAUGGGCGGAAACUUUGUCUCGAGUGUCUGGACUCAGCGGUCAUGGACACUUUUCAAUGCCAGCCUCUGUACUUGCAGAUACAAGAAUUCUACGAAGGGCUUUUCAUGAAGGUGGAGCAGGACGUUCCACUUCUUUUAGUUGAGAGGCAAGCACUUAACGAAGCCAGAGAAGGUGAAAAGAAUGGUCACUAUCACAUGCCAGAGACAAGAGGACUCUGUCUUUCAGAAGAACAAACUGUUAGCACUGUGAGAAAGAGAUCGAAGCAUGGGACAGGAAACUGGGCUGGGAAUAUGAUUACAGAGCCUUACAAGCUAACGCGUCAAUGCGAGGUCACUGCCAUUCUCAUCUUAUUUGGUCUCCCUAGGCUACUCACUGGUUCGAUUCUAGCUCAUGAGAUGAUGCACGCCUGGAUGCGCCUCAAAGGCUUCCGGACACUGAGCCAGGACGUUGAAGAAGGAAUAUGUCAAGUGAUGGCUCAUAAGUGGUUAGAAGCAGAGUUAGCUUCUGGUUCAAGAAACAGCAAUGUUGCAUCAUCAUCUUCUUCUUCUUCUAGAGGAGUGAAGAAGGGACCAAGAUCGCAGUACGAGAGGAAGCUUGGUGAGUUUUUCAAGCACCAAAUCGAGUCUGAUGCUUCUCCGGUUUAUGGAGACGGGUUCAGGGCCGGGAGGUUAGCGGUUAACAAGUAUGGUUUGCCAAAAACACUUGAGCAUAUACAGAUGACCGGUAGAUUCCCGGUUUAAGAACAAAGUCUUUUGUUUUUUCGAUUGUGAUACCCUUUUUUAUUUAUAGGAUCAUCAUUAUUCUUAUGUGAUUGAAUUAUAGUUGUAAUCAUUCCAUGA